UCGAUUUAGCUCCGAUAGAGUAGGUUGUACGUACUUGGGUUGAAUUUUUGAAGUUUUUCGCCGAUUACUUUGAACAAAUUACUUUACAAAAAUGAGUAAUAAUCCUGACAUUCAAUGGGCAUUGGAUAUACUUACAACUGAGCCUGAUUAUCAACCUUCUCUUUGGGAAAAAUAUGGGCUGAUGGUUGGAUUGCCAUUAACAGUUUUUGGAGGAGCAUGUUUACGAAAUACACUACUGAAUAGACCUUUAUAUGCAGGUUUUCAGGUACAUAUUGUAACAACACUAGCAGGUUUUUUAAUAGCAUAUAAACUGCAAGAGUUUACUACUAACCAGUUUGCAAAAAGAGAUCAGAUGCUUCGUCAUUAUGUUACGUUGCAUCCAGAAGAUUUUCCAAAGCCUGAACGUAAAAAGUGGAGUGAAGUGUUUGAACCUUGGUAUCCAAUCCGUUAAGCAAUAUAGUUAUUUAAACUAUAUUGUACUGGAUCAGAUUAUAAUUAUCGUUGUAUAAUCCAGUACCUUUUGCAUCUCCCAACCAGGGGUAUUUAUAAGGGCAUUCUCUACAUGUCUCCAAAUACCUGUAAAAUUAUUUGGCAUUAUAUUACAUAAUGUAAAUGUUUAUUAAUAUUUAAUUUGUGCUUAAAUAUUUAUGAUUAGGUUGAUUUAUAAAAUUUUUAAAUAAAA